AUGUCAGCUUUCGCGCCGGAGUACCUCACGCCCAAGCAGCGCGCCAUCGCCCGCGCCGUGGCCUUCUUGACGGCCAUCGUGGUGAUCGUGAAGCUGGGAGCCCGGGGCCCGGAUGAGAGACGAGAGGCGGUCGGGCCCCGAAAGCCCCGCGGAAGCGAAAGCGCCUGGACCGGACCUCCCGGCGAGGCCCGGAAGGUCCGUGUGUUUUUUUUUUGGUAA